AUGCCCCGCGGGCCCCACCCGAGACCACCGCGGGGAGACCCCGAGCACGGCCGGGGCUCCGCAGGCUGGCAGGGCUGUGCGGAGCGGGGGGAUCCCGGGAGCGGGGGCAUCCCGGGGAGCCGGGGGAUCCCUCUCUCGCAGCCCUUGGCAGCGCUCUGGCUCCUGCUGUUCAAUAUUGUAGUAACACCGUGCGUAAACAGCCGAGCGCCUCAUCCCGGGAAGGCGUACGGAGGAAGGGAAGAGCGUGUCUCUCGGGCGGCCAUGGAGGCAGUGCUCAUCUUCCUGUGCUCCCUGCUGGUGCCAGCGGCCGUGGCAGACGUGGCCACCCCGGAGAAGGAGGAGGAGGAUCCCUUCAACUAUGAUUACCAGAGCCUGAGGAUCGGUGGGCUGGUGUUUGCCGUGGUCCUGUUCACCGUGGGCAUUCUCCUCAUCCUCAGCAGGAGGUGCAGGUGCAGUUUCAAGCAGAAGCCCAGGGCUCCAGGGGACGAGGAGGCUCAGGCAGAGAACCUGAUCAGCUCGAACGCAACAGCGGCACAGAAAGCAGAGAACUGAGCAGGAGCCAAUGCUAGCCAGAGACCCGAGGACAGAUGCUCGGAGCGCAGAUGGCCGCGGCCUGUGAGGAAACCGAAAGCCCAGCAGCAGGUCCCUCUCAGGAGACGCGGAGCUGCCGUGUCUGUGUCCCCCUCUGUGCUCCAGCACCGGUUCUCUGUUUCCUAACCCGACUAAACUCCGCUCACCGUCCUCUCUGCCUCCCGUGGUGUGUAAUGUUGCUGUGAGAUGAUCAUUACCUCUAGGGCUAGUUGUUGCUGAUGUUGUAAUCGUGACUUUCUCUUCACCUUUCUCGUGCUGUGCGUGUGGUUUGGGCUCUGUAGGACUGGCAGGCUGCUGCCCUUUGGGCUGCCCUCCAAGCCUGGGAACAGGGAGUGUGGGCUGUGGGGCAGGGAUCCACGGCUUGGGGACCUGCAGUGCCCUGGGGACCUGCCCAGUCAUUUCAGGACCACCCGUCCCCAUUUCAGCAAUAACCCCCGCAUGACCCCAGCCUGAAAACAGCCACGGUGGGGAGCGAGUUGGGCAGGGACAUCCCAUGGCUCAGCCCUCCUCGCUGGGGUCACUGGGGUGCUGGAUUCAAGGCUGAAGGGAGCUCUCCUGCCUUUCCUGCUUGGCAGUCCCCAUUUCUGUCCCUGGUUAAACCUGUGGGACGCUGUGUGAGGCAAGGCUGUGGUGGUGGCAGAGAAGCCCGUGAGGUCCCCAGCAUGGUGACACUGUGGAUGAGGGCAGCAGCACAGCCGUGACCUCAGUAACCAGCACAAACCAGCUCCUGCCCGCCAGCCAGAGCUGGGUGGGGGACACAGUCUGAGGGCUAAAGAGAAACAGAGAUCCUGUCCGUGCUUGUCUCCGGCAGGGAAGGGGCAGCAGCGUCUCCUCCUGGCGCUCCCUGCCCCUCCUGACGCCUUGUCGCUCCCUGUGCCACCCCUGUCACUGCUGUGUGUUGUCCCGUGGUGGUUCCGUGUCACCCCCAGUGCCAGCUGUCCCCUCUCCCCGAGGAGCAGCAGCGAGUGGCACUGAGUGAUUGUCGGGGCUUUUGCACACCUGAGCUCGCAGUGAGACAAUGUGCUGAGCCCAGAGGCCAUCAUCACCCUGUGUCCCCUCAUGGGUCAGAGGCAAACCUGUGAUUUUUGGCUCUUCCCCAAGUCCAUGGGCAGACAAAACCUUGGCUGGGGCUAGAGACGUCCCACUUGGGUGGGGGCAGCAGUGGGGGGUCCCCAGAGCUUCACUGAAACACCUCGGGUGCCAUCCCCACACCGGGAAGGGGGUCUUGUCCUCCAGGAUGGUUUUGAGAGGAGUUUCUGCUGUGUCCAUCCCACUGUGGUGGCCCUGCCUCAGCGUGGGCUGUGUCCCUGCAUGUUUGGCAUCGCUUGGUGGCACCGGGAAGCUCUGUCCCAUCUCUGCCAGGCAGAGGGACCGUGAAUCUGGUGUUGUGUCCCUUCCCUCGGUCCUGGCUGCUGCAGAGAGCCCCGGGCAGAGCAGACCCCCGGGCCGGCCCCUGAGUGUCACGGUGUGUGUCCCGUCGGAGUGCCCGUGCUGUCCCCAGUGUGCCGUCGGUGUUACCACAAAACAAAGAGCUCCCUGUGGUGUGUAAAAUGGCCAAACCCUGACUGUUGUAAAAUAAACUGAGCUAUUGUGUCUCCUUUUAAAUAGGCGAGUGUGCUGCUGUGCUGGAGGGCUGGUGUGCUCUGUGCUGUGACCUAAGGGGAAAGGAAUAAAAUAUCGUUUCUA